UGAAAAAUAUCCAAGUUUGAGAUACACCCAUUUCAAGAUGGCGGCUGAAGGUGAGGAUCAGUCCAGUUUGCUAGGAGAGAAUGGCGGGGAGGGAUUGUCCCAGAGAGAGGAUGUCUCCAUAGAAAAGAGGAACCUCAUUAAUCUGACCAAACUAUCAGUCAAGAGUUUGAUAGAGGCAGCCAUGAAGAGACCUCAAGCUUUGACUGACUCCAACACUCAACUACGCCAGCUACUGAUAGCUCUGGAGCACUGCCUGAAACACAGGCUUAAAGUGAAGAGGAAUCUAUUGGGAGGGCAGAGACGUUCCUUUUGGUCAUUUUUGGAAUAUUUUGAACACCACAGCAACUCAACACAAGAAUUCAUUGAAACUAUGAACAGCACCAGGAGUGUCGCUGGAGUAAAGACUCCCGGUGGGCGUGUGAGGGUGUGGGUCAGAAUGUCUUUAAUGCAUAAAAAGUUAUCGGAUCAUUUUAGACUAUUAUCAGAAAAUAAAACAUUAUUAAAUGAUUGGUAUGAAUCAGAUUCCCUGAUGUGUACUGAUGAGUGCACAGUAUUGAUCAGUGGCCUCCUCAUGAGUCUCAACGUCAUUGAUUACUCAAUAUCUCUCAAUGGGGAGGAGUUUGAUAAACCUACCGGAGUCUUUGACUUGAGUUUGUUUCUGAAAGACGGAAAUUAUUUGGAAAAAACAGCAGAAGAUGGCGAAUUAGAAAAUGAUACAGAGGAUGACAAGUCAUUGCAACUGGCACAACUGCUAGAUCAAAAAGCUUACGUUGAAGAACUGAAUAAAAAGAUGGGAGGUCAAUUGGAGAGAUUACAGAGUAGAUUACAGAAGAUUACUGAAGAGAACGAGAGCAUGAAAGAACAGCUAAGCAAUAUGAUAGGCUCAGUGGAGGUCCUGACUCAAGAGAGAGACCAACUGGUGGAGGAUAAAGGGACUCUGACUAAAGCAAUGGAAAAGAAACUGGAGACUGCUGAAGUUGAUCAAAAGACUGAAUUAAACACAUAUAUUGAAUCCAGAGCUGGUUUGAAUGAUCUAUACACAGCAUCUCAGAAGAACCUGGAGGUGGAGAUUAAACUGAGACAACAGCUUGAGGGAGAGGUAGACAUAUUGAAGAGACAUAAUGAAGAAAAGGAAACUGCAUUACAACUCCUUGAAAAGAGUGUCCAUGAGAAGCAGGACACUAUAGUGACGUUAAGAAAACAAUUGGAAGAAAUGAAAUCAGCCAACAUGAAGAUAAAGACACAACUGAAGAUAUCGAAAGAGACUCACCAAUCAGAUUCAGUUACUUUAAGAAACUUGGAAGGAAAAGUGUCUCAAGUGUCCAACGAGAAUAAGCAGCUUGAGGGAAAGUUACAAGAAACAAGAUCAAGUUUAAGAGACUCUGAAAAGACGUGUCGAGAAGUUGGCGCUAAACUUCAGGAGGUGCAGCUGGCAAGGAAUAAUGCGGAAUCAGACCUCAGCAUUGAAAAGCAAUGGAGAAUAUCUCUUCAAGCUGAACUAAAGAAAGAGAAGGAUAGAGUAGUUGAACUGACAAGUGAAUGUAAGAACUUUAGAAAUUUAAAACAAGAGCACUCUCAGCUCCAGGAGAAAUACGCUUGUCUCCAGGAGUCAGUCCAAGAGCAGGAGAUUGCUCUAGUGGAGAUGGGGAAACAGCUCAGCCUCUCACAACAAAAGAUUAUAGACAUGAAGGAGACUACACUUGAUAGCAUUUGGGAAGAUGAAAAGGAUGUCCUGGAAUGUAGGAAUUGUAAAGCAACUUUCUCUGUAGCUAGAAGAAAACACCACUGCAGGAACUGUGGACAGGUUUAUUGCAGUUCUUGUUCUGAUAACACGAUGCAGCUGGCUUCCAGUGCUAAGCCGGUUAGAGUCUGUGACAAUUGCUAUCAAAUACUGUUACAAAGAGCAUCAAAAUGAACCAGGACCAACUGUGUCUGUGUGCAGCAGUGCUGAAUAUUUUAUAAUUUACUGAAAUAUUAAUAUAUUAAGUGUGGAGCCUUUAAAUUUUAUACAUAAUGCAUUAAUUAAUGGA